GAGGGUGAGUACUUCCUGAAGGUGCUGAUCCCCAGCUAUGCGGCCGGCUCUAUAAUUGGCAAGGGCGGCCAGACCAUCGUACAGCUGCAGAAAGAGACGGGCGCCACCAUCAAGCUGUCCAAAUCCAAAGACUUCUACCCAGGUAAGUGGACCUCACUUUGUCCAUGAUCACAUUGUCCAAAUGUAAAGGCUUUAGGGCUGACCCCAUUUAGUUGACUGGUGGAUUGUUUGGUCGAUAGGCUGUUGGUCGACCAAGCUUUCUUUAGUCCAGCAGUCAGUCGCAAAUGUUGUAGUUUUUUUCAUGGUGCACAAGACACCUGUCUGAGUCGCGCAUGUCUCAGUGGACUAAUCCAUUGCGGAGGCAGUGGAGAUGGCACAGUCCAUCACUUUAAGACAUGUGCUACUGAAAUUGUAUAUGGUUAUAUUAUGUAAGAACAAUGGUGCAACACUAAGAAAAAUAAUAUCCCACAUUGGAUAGCGGUUGCUGUCUGCGGUUCUUUUCCUAGACCAUGUUGCUAUUUGCAUAAUAGCAAAGUUAUCCAGCAUAUUGGUGUUGAGAACAAUGCGGCGGAGGCACCAGUGGAGUCAGGAGACGAGGAAACAGCCCUUGCCUUAAUUGUCUAAGAAAAGUAACCUAACUGUUAAAUGUGCCUGGCUUUAUAAAUCAUCCAUAUAUAUCUACAGAAAUAAAACAGAUCCUGCUUCUGUUGCCUAUUUGAGUGCUUGUUUAAUAGCCUACUGAUUCUGUGAGCUCCAAGCCUCACGCAACCACAACAUGUCGGAUAAAGCCAUUUCACAGAUUGGGCUGUGUUUAAUCUUUGCUAUGCUGUCAUAAAGGCUUUACACUUUUUUUUGUUAGAACAGCCUCUCUCGCUCCUAUACCCUCCUUUUUCUUGAUCUCCUUCUUAUUGUUGUUAUUAUUGCAAUUUUUAUGGUCAUUAUAAUAAUUAGUAAUGUCAUUAUCAUUAGUAGGCUUAGUAUAGCAGCCUUGUAUAACCACCAGCUGUAGGCCUAAGAGCGCAUCCUGUUUACAUUUACAUUUUAGUCAUUUAGCAGACGCUCUUAUCUGUCUUAAUACCGUAACUUAUUUAGGCCUAUAUGUCAAUAUAUAGGCUACUGUAUCAAUCAAUCAUUCAUUCAUUCAUGUCAUCACACAGCAUACGAGUCAUUCAUGAUUUGAAAUACAAUCAAGCAUUUUAGUUUUUAAAUGAAAUAACAAAGGGAGCAUUGAAUAAUUAGCCUAAAAAAUAAAUAAACCGUUCUAUGUUGGCAAUUGCAUUCACGAAUGCAUGGGACUGUUUUUAGUCUUGCCUGUAAUAAAGGCUUUACAAAAAAGGUACGCUUAUAAUGUAUUUAGUGUUGUGUACACUGUUCCAAAUGGUCCGAAAAAAUGUAUAUUGCACCUGUUUGGCACACAUAAUACUCACGCAGCACUUACUCCUUACCUUCCUUAUUUUUCUUGAUCUCCAGUAGUUUCCACAACUAAGAAAACAAAUUUCUUUCACACAACUGACUUAUCCUUUAAUUCCUGAGCAACCAGUAAAACAUUCCCCCGUUUCGAGUUUCUUUCUGACGUCCACCGCAUCCAUUUUGCUGUCAUGUGUUAGUUACGGUGUUCGCAGUUUAUAACAAAUGUAUUGAUGUGAUUAUGAUAGGCUAUAGGUCAGGCCCUAUUGGUCACGUGCAUGUGAUGCUUACGCAUUUCAUGUAAAGAGAGCAAGGGUUGAGAGAAUAAAUAAAAAAAUCCUAAACAAAGUAAAGAUUAUGGUAACAGAACUUUUCAGUCAGAAAUGGCUGUAAUUAUGUUGCAGCUACAGCAACACGGACAGUGCGAUAAACACUGUUGGUGUUCUGUGGUGGUCGCUGCAGCAGGGAGGAGAGAGACAACAGGUGAUAGUCACACAGGCACUCACUGUCAUUUUCUUUUAACAAAGCGCAGCAAGUCUGAGCCCGGCCCAGCACAAUCAAAUAAAUUGCGGUCAGAUCCCUCUAGCGUCAUUUGUUUGUCUAAAUUAUUUCAUCAAACAGUGAGCUUAAAGCAUCAGACAAGCUCAGUACAUAUAGUUGAUUUUAUUAAAACACAUAGGGUGUGUCUUUAUAUGGAAAAAUACAAUAUCUUUUUUUGUCGGGGACAGCCCUAAAAGGCUUACACACAAGUAAGAGCCCCCAAAACCAUGGCACUCUCUGAAUCCAAGUCCAGUAGAAGACUCUGUUAUUCGUUGGUUACGCUGCAGUUUGAAUUCCAGCUGGGGAACCCAACCAGUUUGAUCCAGCCUUCCAAAUGCACAGUAUUUUUACCCAGACAAAAGACCCAUGCAGAUAGCUGCUAUUGACGCAGGAGUAUCAUUUAAAGAUGCAAGCAAUUUCUCUUUCAAUUUGUCUGUGCUCUUAGCAGGGCGCUUAUCCUAUUUCAUUGUAAAGUCUGUAUUCCCCAGAAGUACUAUCAUUCUUCAUUCUGCUACAAUGCAAAGACCGCAUUUAAUCAAUUUCCCCCUUAGCUGCCUGGCUGACAUUUUACUCCAAGAUGGAGAGAGCACAUUCUCCAAUGUCGAGGACAUGUAAGGUACACUGAAAGCACUAGUCUCCCAAUAGGGCCUUGUUAAAAAAAAACAUGUCAACAUGGAAAAAGAUGCUCAUUUUUUCCCCAAUGACCCCACACUGAUGGAGGUCACUGCACACUCUGGUUGGUGCUGAAGCAUUUUGUCCUCGGAAGAGAAAUGCCCGAGCCGCAGAAAAGUAUCUGCGUUUGUCCUUCAUGGCUAAGGAAGCUUCAACCUGCUGAAAAAUAACAGGUGUUCAGCGGCUCACUUUUGAUCAAGUCCAGAUCUCUUUUGUAAUAACUAAUUGAACUAAAUUAUCUUAUUUAUUUUGUACUGAUCGCCUGUUUUCAACACAUAGGCAAUGGACUGUGGUACUGUCAAACUGAACGCAUUUCUGUACCACACAGAUACAUAAAUGGAAAUAAUUAAUGUACUGGCUUUUGUUCCUUUUUACAAUAUAUGGCUUAUAGUAAAUUCUGUGAUUGCCUCAAGCAACCAAUUAUAGAUUAGCUACAUGUAGAACAUAAGGAUUAAACUGCCUGCAGAAAACAAAAUGGCAAUAUGGCUCAAAUAUGGCCUAUUUUCUGAUAUUUUCGCUUUGACUAAACCUUGUCAAAGAAUAGAAGUACCAUCAAAUGUCAUUUUUAGGGUAUCCAUUUCUUAGACAAUCUCCUGUCUCUUCCCCUCCCCCACUACUGCAAUAUCUGAAAAACUGGAUUCAUCAAUGGUAACCAUGACACGCUGAAAAUGAACUCUAGUAAAUGGCUUACUGUUGCAUAUAAUGUAUCAGCACUACUUUCUUUGUCUACCUAGAAAACACACAUUGAAGCAGUUGUGCUUUUGUAUCCUCCUCCUCUCUCUGGAUGGUGGAUGUGUUGAUAGGAGACCACCUGCUCUGCCCCUCCCCCUCCUCAUUAUUGCGAUGAGUGAGGAGUUCAGGGAGAUGGUACUGGCAGCGAUUUGAUUGGGUGCUGCUAGGGCCCCCCAAAGUAAAAUUAAACUACUACACCAUCUCACACAAUGGGCCAGAACUUCUCUUUCAGAAAGUCUGUAUGUAUGCUACUUCAAUAUACACUUAGGACCAAAUAUACGAUGCAUCUGCACCUGUGCAAAGUUUGCACACGUUAUUUUCCUAAGGAAUUAAGACAACAAACAAGGCUAAUCAAUUGAACGUUAUUUUUACUUCCUUUUUCCUUAUCGCAAGUCUGUAACCUUCAUUUUUGUUCUACCUUUCGUGAUCUAUUCCCUUCUGAACUAAGUGCAAACACAUCGUAAAUUAGGCCACAAUACUUUAUCUAACAUAUGUUUUUAAUGAAAAGGGUGAUUUGUGUUCAGCUAUGAGAGGCCUGUGCUGACUUGUCAUGUAAAUACCAGUACGCACAGAUCACCUCUUAACCUGUAACACUGCAGCUGCCUUGGCUUACCCUACCUACAGCACAACGAGGAGACAGACAGAGCUAUUUCCCCUAGCAAUCCGCUCAAUAGUGAAAGUCGAAGUUAGAACAAUCCCACCCACCUCCCGUCUCCCAUCCGCCAGACAUGAAACCAUGAAUGGGGGAAGGCCUCGAUGGGAAUGGGAACUGUAUGACUAGGUCCUGCUGUGGCGGCCUGAGAUAGAUGACUGGAGAUAGUGAAGGGUGUGGAUGAUGCAUGAUUGUGUGUGAGGGGAAGGGACGGGGUGCAGGCCCAGAAAUACCCUUUUUCAAUCUUUCUCUCUCUGGAAGUGACCCUGCCCCCACUGGACUCAAGAUGCCCUCUCACUACGCCAAGUUUCCUCCUCCCCUCUCUCUCUCCUGAGUCGGUUUUUCUCAUAGCAUUUGUUCUUAAAAGUUUGAUCCAGAUUAGAUGGCAUUGUGCUGUCUCUACAGAGUUUUGUUUGUGUAGUAAAGAACAGCCCCAGCCCCCUUUUUGUCAUACGAUCGCAUCCUUACUGAUACCUUACAUGACAAAAUGACCCCUACCCCAGUAUGUGAACAACAUACUGUUCAGUCAUACUGUACACACACGUGUGUACGCAUUCACAUACACACACUGUUCACAGCAGCUGCAAAUGAAGCUGAGAGUCCCUGGUAAGGGCGCAAAGAUCUUAGAACCAAAAAUCCAGACUCCCUGCUUUGUGCAGCUGGCCGUCAGCCCAGCUAGUAUAUACAGUUACACACCGUGCUGCAUGAACAGAUCAAAUAGUUAUGAUGUCAUACGAAUAUGGUGCUGAUGUUUUCGAUUAGCUGAAAAACUGAAAGACCUCACCCUGAAAUACUACACCAAGUCAGUCCUCUUUGGGUGAGGUAGUUCCAUCAAAAAGCAGGUUAAAGUUAAGUAACCUCAUUGAAAUGCUUUGAAGACAGCCUUUUAGUAUUCAGAGUGAAACGAAGCUGGUUGUUACCACUUUAUGGCCCUCUGCAGUUAAAGAACUGCAGGGUAAGGCUUUGGACUGAAGCAACUGGACUCCAGAAUCAAGGUCCUUCUUCAUUCUGAAAGAUAAACAGUCAAAGGAAGAGAAGAUGCAGGCUAUAGAAAGGACACGCCAUUGCAUCACCUGUUCCUACGGCGCAGCUCCUUAACCAUGGCAACGGAAUUCCGGUAGGGCCGACAAAGGGGGUGUAGAAAGAAGCCUCGGUGAGGGAAGGAUGUGUGGAGUCUAUGGAGGAGGUAGGGGGGCGAGGACAGGCCAGAAUUCCAGGGCUCUGGAAGAGUUACAUCAUUUAGGAGGAAUCCUUUGUCCCCAUAGUGGUUUGUUACCCGAGCUUGUCUUUUCUUCUCUUUCAGCUGCUCUAUUUUUGAGCACCUAUAUGGAGUAUUAUUGGAUAGGUUGGCAAUUAGCACCACUGUAUAAAGAAACUGUUAUCAAACCUCAAGCAUUAUUUUAUUUUCUGCAAAUAGUCACUGCAUAAGUAACUAUUCAGUUAUAAAUGGGGUUGCUUUGCAACACUAGGUACUACUUUUUGUAAAAUAGGUCCUUGGCAAAAACAUGUUUCAUCCAAGAAAUCCUGUUCCUUAAAUUGAACAAGGAAGCCUCUUGUAAGUGAUAUACUACAGCCACAUCAGACGCUGACCCCAAGGCACAAGAAUCUACGCUCUCACAAGACUGUGAUGCCGAAGAAAGGGAAAACUUACUCAGUUGCACAGCUGAAUGCAUUCAACCGAAAUGUGUCUUCCGCAUUUAACCCAACCCCUCUGAAUCAGAGAGGUGCGGGGGCUGCCUUAAUCAACGUCCACAGCGCCUGGGGAGCAGUUGUUGUUGGGGGUAUCUGCCUUGCUCAAGGGCAGAACGGCAGAUUUUUCCACCUUGCCGGGUCAGGGAUUCGAACCAACGACCUUUCGGUUACUGGCCCAACGCUCUUAACCGCUAGGCUAGAAAGUACCCACCCUAACAAAAGACUAUCGUAUACUAUGGUUAAAUACUAUAGUAUUCAAUUAAGUGUUUUUUUGCAGACUUUACUGUAUUUACUGUAGAUUUGCGGACAUGAAUGUAGUAUACUGUAGUAUUUACAGCUUACUGUAGUAUAAAUACUGUUGUAAGAAAAAAAAUUGUAGUAUAUACUAGUAAUUACUGUAGUGUUUUUGCGGACUGUAAUAUACAUAAGCAAUAAGUCCCGAGGAGGUGUGGUAUAUGGCCAUUAUACAAUGGCUAAAGGCUGUUCUUAUGCAUAACGCAACGCGGAGUGCCUGGAUACAGACCUUAACCGUGGUAUAUUGGCCAUAUACCACAAACCCCUGAGGUGCCUUAUUGCUAUUAUAAACUGGUUACCAACAUAAUCAGAACAGUAAACAAGUAAUUUUGCAUCAUACCCGUGGUAUAUUUAAGCAAUAAGGCCCGAGGGGGUGUGGUAUAUGGCCAAUAUACCAUGGCUAAGGGCUGUUCCUAGGCAUGACGCAACGCAGCGUAAUAAUGUAUUAUUUAUUGUAGUGUUUUUGCAGACUGUAAUAUACUGUAGUAUUAACUGCAGGGUUUUUGCAGACAUUACUAUAGUGUUUUUUAAAUUUAUUAUCUUUGACAUAGCAGUGAGGGCUUUGUCCUUGAGGAAACCUACUGGACAAAAUACUCAAAGACCACAUUUUCCAUAACCUGUAGGUUGGUAAGACUGGAGUCUGAACGGACAGUUUAGCGCUUCUGCUCUUUUCUUUAACUUGUAGGGAACACAAUAUAUGGUCUAUACUUGGCAUGUCGGUUUAUCACUUAUGGGUGCCACAAAUUGGGAUAUGGGGGAGGGGAAUGGGCAGGGUAUAUGCAAAUUAAGUACUGUAGUAAUUCGUAUUUACUGUAAUGUUUUUGUGGUCUGUUGUAUACUGUAGUAUUUACUAUAGUAUUCUACAGUAUACUACAACAUUCUAUAGAAAGUACUAGUAAGCAUUUCGUUGGACAAUGUAUACCAUGCGUAUCCCGUACGUACGACUAAUAAAACUAGGAAAAAAAUAUCAAAAGAAAUAAAUACACAUUAUCAUGGUAUACUACAGUGUAUUGUAUUCUACAGUAUACCAGAGUUUACUAUAGAAUGAUUUAGUACUGUAGUAUUCUAUAGUAAACUGUAGUAUCUUUUCAUGUGGGUAUUACUGAUACUGUUUAUGAUUUUUGUUCUAUCUCCACAGGAACCACAGAGCGUGUGUGUCUGAUACAGGGUACGGUCGAGGCGCUAAAUGGCGUCCACAGCUUCAUCGCGGAGAAAGUCCGUGAGAUGCCUCAGAGCACCCAGAAAACAGAGCCAGUCAGCAUACUGCAACCACAGACUACUGUCAACCCCGAUCGCGUCAAACAGGUGAGGCACGGUCCCUUACAGUCAGCCAACCCUGACCAACCACCAUACUUAACAUAGGCCAUGGUCCACGCCGUGCUUAUCACAUAUAGAAUACGACUGAUCUGUCUGAUGUCAAUAGUGUAGACAUGCAGAGUCAUAAGGGCACGUGGUCAGUACAUGGCAAGAACACAGUCACACUUUGUCUCACAGGGGCAUCUGCCCCACAACCCUGGCAGGGUCAGGAAAAUGUGAGGGCAUGGGGUUAUUUUUAACGGCUGCCCGUCCGCUAGGUCCUCCACAGUGCCACAGAGCUGGACAGCAGCUGCAGCCUUAACCCCUGGGAUUAACACAUCGCUGAGUAAAGCAGAGGGCUGGGAUAGUAGAAUGACUCAGUGAGAGAUAUCUUUCUCUCGUUCUCUCUCUCUUUCCUACAUUUCAAUCUCUCUUUCUGCCUCUCUCCCUUCCUCCCUCCCUCUCUCCGGCUCCCACCAUUCCUCUGCAGGCUAAAUUAAUAGUGCCCAACAGCACGGCUGGGCUGAUCAUCGGUAAGGGCGGGGCCACGGUCAAGGCGGUGAUGGAGCAGUCGGGUGCCUGGGUGCAGCUGUCCCAGAAGCCUGAAGGCAUCAACCUGCAGGAGCGCGUGGUCACGAUCAGCGGGGAGCCCGAGCAGAACCGCAAAGCCGUGGAGAUCAUUGUGCAGAAGAUCCAGGAGGACCCUCAGAGCAGCAGCUGCCUCAACAUCAGCUACUCCAACAUUUCGGGCCCCGUGGCCAACUCCAACCCCACCGGUUCCCCCUACGCCAACUCAGCUGAGGUCCUGCCCAACGCCGCUGCAGCUGCUGCCACUGCCUCCAGCCUUCUAGGCCAGGCCGGCCUGGCAGGAAUGGGCGGCUUCCCGGGCACCAUGUCCAGCUUCUCUGGCAAUGACCUGCUGGCCAUCACCUCGGCCCUCAACACACUGGCCAGCUAUGGCUACAACACCAACACCCUGGGCCUGGGCCUCAACCCCGCCGCUGCCUCUGGGGUCCUGGCCGCCGUGGCAGCUAGUGCUAACCCAGCUGCUGCUGCCGCCGCUAACCUCCUGGCCUCCUAUGCCAGCGAUGCCUCCGGCGGCUCCGGCCAUCCCGCUGUCGGCCUUGGGGGCUUCUCCCUGGGCUCACUGGCCGCCGCCACGGGGGCCUCCAACGGCUACCUGAAUGCCUCGUCCCCGCUGAUGGCCUCCUCCCUGCUAGCCGCAGAGAAGCUGGGAGACGGGGCCAAGGACGUGGUGGAGAUUGCUGUGCCCGAGAAUCUGGUGGGUGCCAUCCUGGGAAAAGGCGGGAAAACGCUGGUUGAGUACCAGGAGCUGACGGGUGCCCGCAUCCAGAUCUCCAAAAAGGGAGAGUUCAUACCCGGCACACGGAACCGUAAAGUUACCAUAACAGGGUCGCCCGCGGCAACGCAAGCCGCCCAGUAUCUGAUCAGCCAGAGGAUCACCUACGAGCAGGGUGUGCGUGCCACCAACCCACAGAAGGUGGGC